GUGGCACUGAGCGACCCGCCUCUUCUUGCUUUUACGUAUUUCCGGGACACGGCUUUUUCUUCUUCCGGCACACAUAAACAUGGCGCCCCCAGUCCCGCUGCUCGCAGUGCGUGGAUCAGAUGGAACGUCUCUGCUCUGUGGUCCUCCACAGUGUGAGCAGCAUUCUUCCUUUCCGAGGGACUCUCGGCUUGGCAGGUGUGCCACCUUCAGCAGAGACGGGACGCUGUUCGGCUGGUGCAACGGACACACUGUCUCUGUGGUGAAAUCCUCAGACAGCUCCAUUGUGUCGACCUUUGACCUCCCAAAGACAGCCCUGCUGGAGUUUUCCCCUCUGAACAGCAUCCUGGUCACCUGGCAACCGUACAGCAAGAGUCAGGACAGUCCUCAGGGCGAAGCGAACCUCCAGCUGUGGGAGUUACAAAGCGGUCAGCUGAUCAAAGCUCUGUACCAGAAGAAGGUCGACUCCUGGUGUCCCAGCUGGUCUGAUGACGAGAAGAUCUCUGUGAGGAGCGUCAACAAUGAGCUGCACUUCUUCGAGAACAACGACUUCAACACCAUCGCCAACAAGCUUCACAUGCAGAAAGUUUCUGACUUUGCGUUGUCACCUGGAGGUCAGCCCAGCAAGGUAGCCGUCUACGUCCCAGGCACUAAAGGCGCCCCUUCGUUCGUUCGUCUGUACCAGUACCCGGUGCUGGGAGGACUGACUGCGGCGCUCGCCAACAAGAGCUUCUUCAAGGCCGACAGAGUCACCAUGCAGUGGAACAGGAAAGCCUCGGCGGUUCUGGUGACAGCGAGUACUGAGGUGGAUAAAACUGGAGCUUCAUAUUAUGGAGAGCAGACGCUGCAUUACCUCGCUGUUAACGGAGAGACCGCUCUGGUUCAGCUGCUGAAGAACGGCCCGAUCUACGACGUGGCGUGGAGUCCGAACUCGGCAGAGUUCUGUGUGGUCUACGGCUUCAUGCCGGCCAAAGCCACCAUCUUCAACCUCAAAUGUGACCCGGUGUUUGACUUCGGAACUGGACCAAGAAACGCCGCCUACUACAGUCCUCAGGGCCACAUACUGGUCCUGGCCGGCUUUGGGAACCUGCGGGGUCAGAUGGAGGUCUGGGACGUGAAGAAAUACAAACAGGUGUCCAAACCGCAGGCUCCAGACGCCACGCAUUUCUCCUGGUGUCCUGACGGCGAACACGUCGUCACGGCGACCUGUUCCCCUCGGCUGCGGGUCAGUAACGGUUAUAAGAUCUGGCACUACACCGGCUCCGUGCUGCACAAAUGGGACGUGGCGGCCGGUUCGGAGCUGUGGGAGGUCCGCUGGCAGCCGUUCCCUGACGGCAGCUUCCCCGAGCGGGCCGUGAAGUACCAGGCGGCACCCAGCGAGCUGGGGACCACGCAGGCCCCGCCCACCCAGGCGUACCGCCCACCUGCACUGAGACACCUGCCGGCCACGCCCAGCGCCAAACUGCAUGAGGAGGAGCCCCCUCAGAACAUGCGUCCAGGUGUUUCGGGGGAGAAGAGUCUUUCUAAAUCAGCCCUGAAGAAUCAGAGGAAGCGAGAAGCUAAGAAAGCAGCUAAACAGGAAUCAAAGUCUGAACCCGAAGCUCCGCCUGAACCCGCCCCCGUCACCAACAGCCCAUCAGAGCAGACCAGCGGUGACCCGGAGACAGACAAGAAGAUAAAGAAUUUAAAGAAGAAACUUAAAGCCAUCGAGGAGCUGAAGGAGCAGCAGGUGUCUGGUAAAGUCCUGCAGAAGAACCAGCUGGAGAAGAUGCAGAAGGAGGAGCAGCUGCUGAAGGAGUUGGCGGAGCUGCAGAUCUGACAGUAGGGGGCGCUAAAGGAGCUACAGGCCACGCCUCCAAAUCCCACAGUCCAUUUCUCUCUCAGAGGGGGGGGUGCAUUGCACUUAAUCAGACUGAAGGCUGCAUCUGUUUCUGAAAUAUUUUAAGUUUCCUCAGUUUUCCUUCACCUGACAGACACCUGAGGACAGGUGAUGAGGGGGCGUGGUCAUGGUGGACGCACCCACACAGUCGUGAACUGACGAGAUAGUUAGAUUUCUGUUUUCAUGCAUCUGCCUGCGAUCGGUUCUUUCCCAUGCCUCCGGAGGUUUUCCAAAGGAAUUCUGGGAAAUGUAGUUCACAAAAAUGGAAACAAACAGUUUGUCACCAAAUAACUGCUGAGUGUGAAAAAAAAAAAAAAAAAAAAAAUCACAGGCUGGAGGAAAUGGUCUUUUUUAAAGGAGCAGUUCAACAGUUUCAGGAUUUAACAAAGUGUUGCACUGUUCCUUUAACACAGUGGAAACUGUGUGUGUGUGUGUGUGUGUGUGUGUGUGUGUGUGUGUUUGUGUGGGAGACACACAUAAAGCAGUCCAUUGAACCCUGUUGCUGUGCAACAUCUGUACAGAUGCUGAAGCCUCUGACAGUGUUUCUUUCAGAAUAAAAGCCUUCUCUCCACUCAGCCGGUCAGCAGAUAAACAGAGUCACACAAGUUCUGUUAGUUCAGAGGUUUUGGAUCAAACUAAACCUAAAUAAACAGUUUGUAAUCAAGUCA